UUUGUGACGCAGUCGAAGCGCUCGCGACAGAGCUCGGCCUUUGAGGACGCGGAAGAGUGGGAGUGGGAAUAGUCAGCCGACCAUCCUUUGUUUACCAUUACGUCCGAACUCUCUAUGUGGUCGCGUCAGAUACUCGAGCCCCUUUAUUGUGUUUUCCACGUGUGCUUAAACAGAAGCUUCGCGCACACAAAAUCCCAACAGCUGAGUCUGCACCGAGCUGUGCCAAAUUAAGCCCAGACGAGGGCGAUGUCUGACAGCAGCAGCAGCACAGGCAGCAGUGGCUCCUCAACCAACAGCUGGACCCUCCUCUCCCCCGAGGAGACUGCUGUUGAGAAUGUCGGACCCAUAGACGACGGCACUGAGAGCCUGGGCGACGCCCCGAGUCUCUCUGAGGACGUGACAGGAGCUGCUGCAAGUGACAUUCCAGUAGAGACUGUCCUGUCUGAAGAAGGCCAUCAGGUCUGUCAAGAGACCGCCCCGGAGUCCAGUGAGGUUCUCAUCCCGUCUAGUCCAACCACAAUGACCCUCCUCUCACCCAACCUCCGGGAUCCUCCAGACCCGGACGUGGAGAGUCAGCCUCCAGUCAUCCACGACAUCGUAACCAGCUCCCCGAGUGACAACGAGCACCUCGAAGCCACGCCCUUUGUCACCAACAUUGAUUCUGGGGCUCGGUUCGACAGUCCUGCCGAUGAUCUCAUGACGGAGGAGGCUGAGGAGUCCUGCUCCGCUCCUCCUCUGACGGAGAUGCACGGCGAUACAGAGCAAGAGCUCGAGCAGGAUGCUGACAUUGCGCCAAGUCCUAUAUACGCUACUGAGCCUGAGGUCCAUAUCCCCACAGAGACCCUUACAACCACUGACCCUGCCUCUCGUGUCGAUGCUGAUAUCUGCUCCGUACCAGAGGGGACAGCGAGCCUGCUGACGGAGAGCCUGGGAACGGAGAGCCUGGGGACAGAGAGCCUGGGGACGGAGAGCCUGGGGACAGCGAGCCUGGGGACGGAGAGCCUGGGGACAGAGAGCCUAGGGACAGAGAGCCUGGGGACAGCGAGCCGGGGGACGAAGAGCCUGGGGACGGAGAGCCCAAUCGAUGAGAGUCCUGCACCACAGACCGUUGGUUCGGGGGAGGAAGAGGAGAAGGAAGAAGAGCUAGAAGACAAAAAGGAAGAAAAAAAGAAAGAGCUGGAGCUGUCUGAGACAGUGAACCAACAUGAGGGAGAAGAAGAAGAACCGUCCAGCUGUUUCGAUCUGGGCGACGCAGGCGGCUUUGAGGAUGGACUGCGGAGGAGGAAUGCCCCGUCCUUCGAGUCACCGAGGCCAAGAACAUCCGAUGACGACGACGAAGAGGAGUCAGAGUUCAAGUUGGCAGAGAAGAAGGAGGAAAAGCCCUGGUUAUCAUUGAACAAAUGCAUUGUGGGUUCUCUGAUCUUGCUCUUCUUAGGUUCCCUUUUCCUCUCAGGUGACUUUGACGCCUCUGAACUCAGUGAUGGAGGACAAAUCCAGGACUGGCUUAGCACUGAUCCACAGGAUAUGAAAGAACUAUUGGAUAAACUGACGCAAGAAAACCAGCAGAUCGCUCAGCUAGAGGCUCAACUACAGUCUCAGAAAGAAGAACUCGACUCAGCGCUGACGGCCGUAGCAGCAAGCGGUGAUGAACAGGGCAAAGCAGAUCUUGAAAAAGAAAACGUCAAGCUGAAGGAGGAGCUGUUGUCUCUGCCCGAGCUGAAGAAGGAGCUGGAGAGCCUGAGGUCCAGGGUGAUCGAACUCAGCCAGCUGUCAGCCGAUCAAGAAAUUCCCCCUGCUACCACAAGCUCUACCCCUCAGCCGGGUGACAGGAAUGACAGAGGUCCGAGCGAUGAGAAAGCUGCUGGACUUGAAAGGAGGAAGGACACAAAUGAGGGAGGAAGGUUGAAGGAAGAACUCCAGAGGCAGAAAGGUCUUCUGGAGGAGAGCAAGAGGAGACUGCAAGGGAUGAAGAAAGAUGGAGGCGACGGGAAAGUGAGGGAUAGCUUGGAGGACAUCCAGAAGAGGCUUUCUGAACAAGUUGCGAGGUGGGGUAAGAAGAAGCAGGAGUCCAAAAGGCAAGGGAACAAGGGCAAAAACAAUGAGCGGGACCACUGGAAAAAAGAGGAAAAGAAAGAGGUGAGAGGGGAGAAAGUCUGGAAGCACAGCAAAGAGGGAGAAAGGAGAGAGAAGGAAGAGAAGAAAGAGAAUGAGCGGAAGACUCCCAAGGAAAACUCUCACAAAGAGGCGUGGAGGAAACACCAGGACGAGUGGGAGAGGAAGAAGGACGAGCGCAGAAUGGACAGAGACGAGAGGAGGAAGGAGAAACCGUGGCACAGCCGGCCUGGUAAGGACUCCCACAACCACCAGCAGCAGCAGCAGCAGCCCCGUCAGCCUCAUCAGUACAAACACAACAACUUCUGGAGGCACCAGGAGCAAAAGCUCAGGAGCAACGUCCGGCCCCAGCUGGGCUGCAGCUCCGUGGAGGACUGCGCCAGCCGGGAGGGGCUCUACCUGGUGGAGCUGCCCGAGUUUGAGGAGCUGCUGGAGGGCUAUCUGAGCAAGCUCCAAGGAUCCUCGUCCGAGAGCAAAGACAAGAUCCGGAAGCUGACGGCGGAGUUCUUUGAGGACGGCGGCUUCAUUCACGACAGGGUUCUGUUCAGUGACUUUGCCGAGGACGUGGCGGACAUCCUGGAGGACAUGGCGGACGCCUUGCAAGAGGGCGGGCACAAGGACGACGACUCCCUGGAGGAGGAGAUGGAGGAGUUUGAAAGAGAAGCCCUGUGGAAGUUCGCAGUUUGAAAAGACGCCGAGGGAGAAGGAGUGAAAUAAGACGCUAGGAAACACAGCACAAAACCCAUUUCUUGCCUACAUUCUCUCUUUAGAGCUGUAAUUAUAGUAGCUUCUGGCACACAGUGGUCGUGCCUCCCAUGAACGUGUCCCUCCGAGUCUUUAAUUAUAAGCUAGACUGGUACUUGUCAUUUAGGACUUUGCUGUCGUUACCUACCUCUGUCAGGUCAUGCCUAUGCCAAUGCAAAGUCCUUCAGUAAUGUGUUGUGUGUGUUUUUUUCACUGCUGUAAAGUGUAUGGUCAAGAUGUAGUGCAUGUUUCAAUUCAGACCGAUUUUAGAGGACACACAAAAAACAUUGCUUUAGGGACAUGGUAUUGGCACAAAUGACACUGUUGAGCAAUGGUUGAGUCAUAUAUGAUGUUAAAUACUCCUCUGUCACUGGACUGUGUGAAGUCAACCUGCCGCUUCGAGCAGGUUAAAGCCAAUGCAGAGAACCACUUUGCAAACGUACCAUUUUCCCAAACGACGAGAUUCACAUCAGGUCCGACCGUUUUUUUUGCGCCCGCAGCUCUUUACUAUGUUUGGGAAAAACACACAGCGAGUGCUGUUUGAGAGCCUUGAGCGCUGUGCGUCUGGAUGUGACAGGCGUUUCAACCCCCUCACUCCCGAAUGUCGGUUCGCAGCAGAUCUGCUGAUCAACCAAAAACUGGUUUGGGGAACGUCAGAGCUGCUUAAGAAAGUAAAGCAGUGGGACUAGUAGCUAAAUCUAUCAGACGGCUAAACCUCUUUAGCACUUUUCGAAAACAUUCACAUUUAGGACAAAACAGUAUUCCUGUGUUGUGUUUUUUUAGACCUUACUUAUCUUUUAGUAUUUUUUGUAGCGUAGCCACUGGGACCUCUAACACAUGAUCGGCAUAUGCUGGGUAUGCCAGAGCAAAAAGUUAGGUUUAAGACACCUUAUGUGAGAUUGGCAAACAAACCGGAACAUAAUUUAUCUUACAUUUUUCUUGUGCACAAGUAAUUUAGUAAAAGUGCACAAGCUAGGAAGCCACCACAUUUAGUUUUUCCAUUGAGUUUUAAAUUGAAUGGCAAAAGGUACAAAAGAAAAAGCAAAGUAUUGCAGAGUAGCUCUGCACUUGAGUUAUUCUUGUUUUGUUUGGGUGAUCUCGUAGCAUCCGAUCAUGCAGUUUGGCCCCUUCCAGUGGAUGUGAAGUUAAAGUCGACAGAAUGGGAUUGUUGGUUCUCAUCUUUCACUUAUUGAGAGAAGCUUUGUAGUGUUUCAUGUUUAUUUAUUUUGUCAGUACACUGCAACUCUUUUCCUGUCUAAUGUGGAAAUGGCAACGUUUUUUUUGUUUUCUGAAAUUGAAUUAGCAACCUACUGCUUGUGUGCCUUUAUUAUUGUUAGGAAUAUCUUGGAGGUCUGGGAUUAAACUUGCUUUUGCUAGAUCAAGACGAAGAAAAACAUGUACACAGCUUUAAACUUGACAGCUGUUUCUGGGACAGACUGAAUGUAAGAGGGUUUACACAUGAAGGGUUUUUGUUCUCUGCUGAUUUUAUUUUGAACUUUUUUUAGACCAAAGCUAUUGGAAGAAGGCUCAAUCUCAACAGGUGAAUCCUUAAACAAAUCACAUUAUGAACGUUUAAUAUUUGAGGACUAUUUCUGCCUUUGUGGGACGACAGUACGACUUUCUUAUGAGCUAAGAUGUGCACGUAAUCGAUCCUUGGAGUAAUGUUUUUUUUAAAUUUCAUCCAACAUUACGUUCAAUAAAUCUUCAACAAUAAAGGUC